GGAUUUUGUGAAAAUGGCUGCCAUGACGUCCAAGCUAUAUACCAAAUCUAUGCGUGUCUUACCACGGCGGAAGGAAGUUUCUACUUCCAUGCGUGGUACCAUCGUACCGUCACAGAAUUCCUACAAAUAAGCGAGACAUACCCAUUCCGAAAGAUUGGCCAAGAAGAGGCAACAUUUGCAGCGGCACAUACAAAAUGGCUAAAAAGAAAAAAGUGCAGCCGAAUUGCGGUGAAAUGGCCGCUAUCCUGCCUUCGCGUUUUGCCGUUCUGAAAGUUGAAGGCGAAGAUCCCGAGGAUUCGAAGACAACAAAAAAGCCGCAGCCCGCCAAGAGUGGUUCAGCUGGGGAUCGCAACUCCGUGACGACCAAGCCGAAACCCAAGAAGAAGAAGAAGCCGGCGGAAAACCAGGCCAAUGCGAAACAAGCCGCUCCGCAGGCUGGCAAACCUCAGGAACGAGGGGACGACUGGGAGUCUUGGAAAAGGAGAGAUGAUCAGUUUGUCUCUGACGUCUAUGAACAAGACCUCCAGCAAGCGCUGCUUCUGAGUCGGCUGGAUUAUGAAGAGAAGAAAGAGUUUUAUGAAGCUCACCAAAAAGAAACCACCGUGGCGAACCUGGCAGCUCCAGGCAGCCGUGGCAAUGUCAACAAGAACAAGAAAAAGAGCACAGCUGCAAAGAAGGAAAAGAAGACGACUACUAUGACUCUAGAAGAGUUCAACCAGCUAGGUGGAAAUUCGUCAUGUUCUGAGAUGGUUGAACCAGAGAACCGAGAGGCACCUGACAUAAGAAACAAUGAGAAGAGGUCAUUGUCACCACCAAAGGAGGCCAUCUUCGAACAGGUAGCAAGGGAUGCCAAAAAUAUUCUGUCACGGGAGCAAAGGAUGGAAGAACUGAAGACAAAGCAGCCUUUCUUAGCAGAGCAAGCCAGAACGUUGCAGUUCCAGGAUGAACUGGAGAAAAAGGACCAGCAGAUAACUGCACUUAAGAAGCAUAUUGAAGCCCUGGCUGCCGAGCUGAAGGUGGUGAAGCUUCGCAACAAGCAGUUGUGCAACAUCUUGGCCCAAGGCGAAAUGCAAGACAAGGCAGAGAUCCUGCGGGACUUCGAGGAAGUGACACAGGUCAAGGACGAACUGACUCAACAGGUUACCGAGCUACAUGCUGCACUGGAACAAGAACGGUCAAAGGUGCGCUUGCUGCAGCAGGAUCUCAAGAAGGGUGGGAAGAGAGAACCUCGGUAGCAUUUGGUCCGGCCCCAAGUUUUUUACUGUCUGCCUGCGAAGUGCAAGGGCUGCACUGUAAAUGCCAGGACAAGACACGUCGCUAAUGGGGCCUUGUCUGCUGAGAAACAUUGCAACUACUGCCAUUGCACAUCUUCUAGCGGUCUAGCAGGCUGGCUCGCUUCUUAUGUACAUACAUCAGGCGGACUGUGUGUUGGUUCUUUUUUAUUUCUUACAUAAACAUGUGAGGUGUUUGUCCGUUACUUCAGGGAACAAAUGAAGUGGCUACAUCUGUUAAUUUAAUUUGGAGGUGAUGUAGAACAUUGUUGAUUAAAGUCACAUUCUCUGUUA